UGGACAUGAGUUUGAGCAAGCUCUGCGAGUUGGUGAUGGACAGGGAAGCCUGGUGUGCUGCAGUCCAUGGAGUUGUAAAGAGUCGGACUCGACUGAACGACUGAACUGAACUGGAGGGAGUGACUGACCCCUCGGCUCCUGGCCCAGGGCCCCAUUUUUGCCUUCCCAGAACUUGGCCUUUCCCCAGAAGGAAGAGGGAGAAAAAAAAUGACCAAAUUCCAGGAGGCAUUGACCUUCAAGGAUGUGGCUGUGACUUUCACCGAGGAGGAGCUGGGGCUGCUGGACUUGGCCCAGAGGAAGCUGUACCGAGACGUGAUGCUGGAGAACUUCCGGAACCUGCUGUCCGUGGGGCACCAGUCCUCCAAGCCAGACAUGAUAUCCCAGUUGGAGAGAGAGGAGAAGCUCUGGACGACAGAGAUCCAGCCCCAGAGAGGAGGGCGUUCAGGAGGCAGGAAACAUGAGAUGGGAACUUUUCAGGACACAGGAGUGAGGUGCCUUUCACUGGGAGAGCUUUCCUGCUGGCAGAUCAGACACGUUGUGAGCAAAUCAACCAAAAGCCAAAACUCUGUGAUAAAUACUCAAGAGAAGAGUUCCCAGUCCCCCAAACAACAUAAUUCCCCUGCAGGAGUAUCUGCCCAGGCUUCCAUGGAAGGCAGCUGUUUUGUGACUCUUAUAGAAGGUCAUUCUGAUAUUAUUGAAAAUCAAGAAUUUCCAGCUGGGAGAGCUCCCAAUUCCUGGAGUAAACUCUGUCUGAGCGGGACACAGAAUUACCAGAGGGGUUGUCAGCUGAUUCCCAUGAAGAACAAGAUCUGUAUGUUUGCUCCAUGUGUUGACUUUUUCGCAUGUAUCUCCCCUCACCACGACGACCACACAGUGCCCCAAAGAGAGAAGGCUCAGGGCACCAGAGAGUGUGGUAAAGACCUCCUCAAGGCAUCACCACUAGCCCAGCGAAGCAUCCUUGAGGCUGGACCAAAAGCCUACCCGUGUAAAGAGGGUGAGAGAGGACUCGGUGACCGCGCCAGCCUGGAGCUUCAUCAGCAGCUACACGUGGGCGGGAAGUCUCCGACCCACAGGACGCCCAAGAAGGACCCGGCUCACGGCUCAGCAUGCCCCACUUCACCGGGCGCCCUCCCGGGGUCGAAGCGCUACUGGUGCCGCGAGUGCGGGAAGGGCUUCAGCCAGAGCUCCAACCUGCAGACCCACCAGCGAGUCCACACCGGGGAGAAGCCCUACUCGUGCCACGAGUGCGGGAAGAGCUUCAACCAGACCUCGCACCUGUACGCCCACCUGCCCAUUCACACCGGGGAGAAGCCCUACCGCUGCGAGAGCUGCGGCAAGGGCUUCAGCCGCAGCACCGACCUCAACAUCCACUGCAGGGUCCACACCGGCGAGAAGCCCUACAAGUGCGAGGCGUGCGGCAAGGGCUUCACGCAGAGGUCCCACCUGCAGGCCCACGAGAGGAUCCACACGGGCGAGAAGCCCUACAGGUGCACGGACUGCGGGAAGCGCUUCAGCUGCAGCUCCAACCUCCACACGCACCAGCGGGUGCACACAGAGGAGAAGCCCUACAAGUGCGAGGAGUGCGGCAAGCGCUUCAGCCUGAGCUUCAACCUGCACAGCCACCGGCGCGUGCACACGGGCGAGAAGCCCUACAAGUGCCAGGAGUGCGGCAAGGGCUUCAGCUCCGCCUCCAGCUUCCAGAGCCACCAGCGCGUGCACACGGGCGAGAAGCCCUUCCGCUGCGGCGAGUGCGGGAAGGGCUUCAGCCAGAGCUCCUACUUCCAGGCCCACCAGCGCGUGCACACCGGGGAGAAGCCCUACAAGUGCGAGGUGUGCGGCAAGCGCUUCAACUGGAGCCUGAACCUCCACAACCACCAGCGCGUGCACACGGGCGAGAAGCCCUACAAGUGCGAGGAGUGCGGCAAGGGCUUCAGCCAGGCCUCCAACCUCCAGGCGCACCAGAGCGUCCACACCGGCGAGAAGCCGUUCAAGUGCGCCGCGUGUCAGAAGCGGUUCAGCCAGGCCUCGCACCUGCAGGCGCAUCAGAGAGUCCACACCGGGGAGAAACCCUUCAAGUGCGGUACCUGCGGCAAGGCCUUCAGCCAGAGGUCGAACCUUCAAGUCCACCAGAUCAUCCACACGGGCGAGAAGCCCUUCAAGUGCGAGGAGUGCGGGAAGGAGUUCAGCUGGAGCGCGGGGCUCAGCGCCCACCAGCGGGUGCACACGGGAGAGAAACCCUACACGUGCCAGCAGUGUGGGAAGGGCUUCAGCCAGGCCUCGCACUUCCACACGCACCAGAGGGUCCACACGGGGGAGAGGCCCUACAUAUGUGACGUAUGUUGUAAGGGCUUCAGCCAGAGGUCGCAUCUUGUCUACCACCAGAGGGUCCACGCCGGAGGGAAUCUAUAGGGGUAGGGGGUGUGGAACUCGCCUCAGCGAGAACCCACCUCUUCACCUCUGUUGGAAAAGUCCUGUCCUGGGGAUCGUGGGAGGUUCCUGUGGGCCUUGGAAGCUCCGGGGCAUCUUCCUGGGAAAGAAGUUGUAGAAAAGGCAGUGUUUGAAAGUUUCAGCUGGGAGGUGACCUCUUUGUAGAGAAUGUAUUCUAUAAAUAUGGUCAGUGAUUGAUUACUCCAGAGCCCUGAAUACCCUCUCAAGAUGUGACAGGAGAAGAACCAUUGCCCUUUUCCCAGGAGAGAAGGCUUAUACAUGAAGGUUAUGGGCAGGGCUUGAACUAACAGAAGCAUAGUGCAGACAGUCAUUGUCAGCCGAAGGUGCCCUCCACACAGAGCGGAGUGGUGACUGUUGGUCACCACUGUGUCUCUGCCGUGUAGAACUGUGUUUGGCUUCUAAUAGGUCCCCGGCGAUUACUGAACCAAGUAGAGAAAAACCCUCUAAUUAGGACGAAUAUUUGAAAAUUUUGGUCCAAAAUAAUUCCCUCCCCUAAAUUUGUAACAACAUACUCAAGAGGAAUCCUGCAAGUCGCCUUAAUCAGAUUGAUUUCAGGAAACAUUCAUUGACACACAGAAUCACGUUAAUACUGCCACCCACAACAGUACCGAUUUGGACGAGGCUUGUGAAUGGCCACCAGCCUCCGUCCAGCUUCAGUCGUAUGUAUAGAAUUACCCAUUGUGUGCAGUGUAAUAUUUAGUAUCAUUAGCUUGUAUUUUAUACACCAACAGAGACUUUUUACUAGUCUAAUAACAUAUUACAAUUUAUAUGAUUGGAAAUUUUGUACCCUAACUUCUUAUGGUAGGGUUUUACUGUAACUGAAAGUGUUAAAAGCAGUUACUAGUGACAAAAAGUUUCUUAGUAAACUUGAAUUGUUAAUAAUUGGUUUCUUUGCAUUGUUUCCAUUCAGGUCCUGGUCACAGUGUCUUUUCUACGCAUGAUCCUUUAUCCACACUUCUUUAGGCAGUGGGUUUGGCAGAAACCAAGGAUAUUGUUUGUCACAUUCCACCCAGUUGUCCCCUCCCUAAAAAUGGGGUGGGGUAGACACGAACGCUUUUGGAUUUUGAGAUUUCAUGUACAUAGCAUUCUGUGUUCAAGGAUUGGACGUCUUAGUAAAAGGGAACAUUCACUGGCUAAUAGAUAUCAAAAUACUCUGCCCUGGCAAAUCCUAGCAGUGGGGGUCUUGCUUACACAAAGGAAGAUUGUCUCACUCGUUCCAGGGGCUUCCCUGGUGGCUCAGUGGUCGAGAAUCCACCUGCCAACACAGGAGAUGCGGGUUCAGUCCCUGAGUCAGGAAGAUCCCCUGGAGGAGGAAAUGGCAACCCACUCCAGUAUUCUUGCCUGGGAAAUCCCAUGGACAGAGGAGAUGGGGUCACAGAUUUGGAUGCAACUGAGCAUGCAAGGAAAAUUGUACAUAAAGAUGCUUAUACUGAUUUUAAAAAGGGGGGGGGGCCAAAAUACUUACAUAAAUAUAUUCUAAUAAUAAACAGCCAUGGAAAAUAUGUUACAGGUUGUGAUGACAGGAAAAGAAAUGUUCAUGAGAAAAGUAGGUGAGAGUCUUCCUGGUGUAGUCCAGGUCGUUACAGGAUGCAUACACCUAACGAUGUGGUGCACAUGGAGGUGUGCCUAACCGUGUGGUCAUGUGCACGGGGGUGUGCCUAACCGCAUGGUCAUGUGCACGGGGAUGACAGGUGGAGAUACUGAUUAAUAUGCUACCUGGUUUACUCCAGCAGAGGUUGGGAUGGAUUCUCUUUACCUGUUUGAAAAAUUUUAUAGUAACCAUUACCCAUUUUAGCAAAGCAGUGAAACUGGGACAGCAAAAUUACUGAAUGAAAAUCCCUUACAGCUGAAUCUUAACUGCUUUAUCUCAUGGCAUGUAAACCUGUGUCACGGAUGUACACAGAAGGGUGUUCACCGUUCACAUCACUGGUAACAGCACACGCUGCAUUCAUCUGUGGCUUAUCCAUUCGGUGGAAUAUGAUAUGGCAUCCAAUGGGAAAAGGUAGAUUCACAGUUACUGACAUUAGUAGGUAUGCAGAAUAUCCUGAGGAAAGUGGCCACAGAGACAGAAUUUUGUAUGGAAUAAGUUUCACAUAAUGCCCUCCCUUUAAAGGUAACUAGGUCAUAUACAUAUCAUACAUAUAUGUCAUAAUAUAGAUAAAUCAGAUACCUAAGGGCAUUAUUCUACAUUUGUAAUUUUUUGAAAUGUUUUUAGAGUAUUUUAGUUCAUUCUAAACACUCAGAAGAAAAAUAGAAAUCUCAAAUAUACUUUUUGAGUAAUGUGACUACAAGCAAACCUAUUUACCUAAUAGCUGAACUGAGAACCCAGGCAGCCUUGGCCUGUCUUUACAAAUCUGUGUGGCCUCCAGCAUGACCACAUCACAGUAACUGAACAGUACAAGGUGCUGAGAGUCUGCUGAGAAAAAUCGGCGGAAGCACUAUGGCCUUUGCUGAUCUGACCAUGGAAGUAACAAUGUCAGUCAGUCUGUUGAGACAGUCACAAAAGCCAGCCAGGAGUAAGGGGUAGGGAUAUGGACCCCACCUGAGGUGAGGAAUGUCAAAGAAUCUGCACACAUAAUAAGACUAUCAUACAUUGCUACAACGUUUUCUAAUCUACAGUUUAUUCAAAUUCUAGUUAUCCCUAUAUAUAUACACACACAUAUACAUAUAUGUAUGUAUAACAUUUUCCCCCUAUUUCCAGAUCUAAAGAUGUGUCAUAACCUGCAUUUGAUUGUCAUGUCUUUUAGUCUUUAAAUCUGGAUCAGUUCCACAGCCUUUCUCUGUCUUCCAUCGAACUGGUCUUUUUGAAGAGCACAGGAUAGUUAUUUUAUAGGACGCUCCUAACUGGGGCUUUGAGUCCUCAUAGUUAGAUUCACGUUAAACAUUUGUCAUGUGAGUGUUAUGAGUGAUGCAUGGUUCCCAGUGCAUUAGAACAGGAAACAAUGCAUCUGUUUCAUUAGUGAUGGUGACUUCAGUCACUCGGAUACACUGAUAACUACUAGAUUUCUUCAGCAUGAAAUUGGUUUGCCUUUGAAAUUAAUAACUAAUCUGUGGGGAAAUCUUUGGGGCUGUGUAACAACAACUCUCAUCAUAACCCUCACCUGCAGUCUUUGCAUUCAUGAAUAUUCUUCUCAGAAUCAGUUAUCACUGUGAUGAUGGCAAAAGGAUGACUUUCUUACUCUAUCAUCCCUUUUACAUUUAGCAGUUGGCUCUCUGCCAUGAGAAGAGCUUUCCCCUCUCCCCCAUGUCUCUCCCUCAAUAUAAAUCCUUGUUUUCUGGCAUGGUAGGAUCCUGGGUUUAUCUUACUGUGUGCUGGAGCCACAGACUUUACAGAACCCCGAGUCCUCGGAGUGGGGAAACCACUCAUUGUUCUCACUGUUACUAGGGUAGCAGUCCUUCGUGUGUAUGUGUGUAAAUGCUGACACCUUCCAUUUCAAGUAAGUCUUUCCAGCCUUUCCCUAUUCCAUAUUGACUUCUUUCUCCAAUAGUCAGAAAUAGGCUCCCAGUCAUCAGUCUGUUUACUCAUUUGUUCCGUCCUCCAAAACACAGCUCUGCUGGAGAAGGGAUAGGCUACCCACUCCAGUAUUCUUGGGCUUCCCUUGUGGCUCAGCUGGUCAAGAAUCCUGCAAUGGGGGAGACCUGUGUUCAAUCCCUGGGUUG